UGUCCAGUCUAUCAACGAUCAGAAAGUGCCACACAUACUCGCACGUGACGUGCAUAUCUCCGUUAUCCUCGAGGUCUCCCCCGAUUUCAUUUACUCCGCGCUUGCGGGCGGCGAUCCAUCAAUCGUUAGACUCUAGGGCAUACUUGCAGAACUAGUUUCACCAUCAGGCGCGGAGAUCACGUCUUCCAGAGACAAUACGUCCGCCGAAGAGUCCAUACCGCCGCAGGCCAGGUAAUCACAGACUCGUUGGCCCUGUUGUGCAUACAUCAUGGCCACCCAACUCAUUACCCUGUCGGAGGUGGAACGGUUAAGUUCGUCAGUGCUGAGAAUACUGGGCGGCAAUCCGGGCAAGUUUACACUUCAAGGAACGAAUACAUAUCUCAUCGGUCGAGGUCACCAGCGCAUUCUGAUCGACACGGGCGAGGGCAGGCCAUCGUGGGCAUCUCACCUCAAAGCCGUACUUGCCCAGGAAAAUGCAACCGUGCACCAGGCCCUACUCACCCACUGGCACCAUGAUCAUGUCAAAGGCAUCCCGGAUCUUCUGGAGCUUUGCCCGAACGUGACGAUCUAUAAGCAUCAACCGGGUCCUGGUCAACGCAGUAUCGAGGAUGGCCAGAUAUUCAGCGUGGAGGGCGCAACACUGCGUGCGUACCACACACCUGGCCAUACCGUCGACCACAUGAUGUUUGUCCUGGAGGAAGAGGAUGCGGUGUUCACGGGCGACAAUGUACUGGGACAUGGUACCAGUGUUUUCGAAGACCUUGGCGAGUACAUGGGUAGCCUACAGCGGAUGCAGCAUCGGGUCUCUGGCCGCGGGUACCCCGGACAUGGGGCGGUGAUUGACAAUGCAACGUCCAAGAUCUCCGAGUAUAUCAAGCAUCGACAGCAGAGGGAGGAUGAAGUGAUCCGGGUCCUACGGUACGGCCGGCUUGAGGUUGCGGAUGGGGAACCGCCUAUCCACCCGAAAACCUUCUGGACCGCCAUGGAGCUGGUGAAGGUGAUUUACAAAGACGUCCCGGAGAACCUGCAUUUACCGGCCUGCCAUGGCGUACAGCUUGUGCUACAGAAGUUAGAGGACGAAGGUCGAGUGGUUCAUGACAGGGAUCUGGAUGAAUGGAGCCUGGAGCGUGGCAAAUCCCCGCUUUGAGUCUGUGAGGAGGAUUAGGGAUUCGUUGCUUCUUUUUCC